UCGCGCAUCAGACGAUAACAAGAGUCCUUGAACGGCACUUCGAAGCUCCACCAACCCUGAAUGCAGCACGAAACUUCUCAUUUGUGACAUACGCCGUUGUUGUCUUGACUCGCUCUAUGAGGAAAAAAAUAUUUUAAGCAAAAAAAAAAAAAAAACGAGUCACUUUUCAUUCGCAUCUCCAUCGCUGCCAAAAAAGAGAUAACCUCGCAUCGCGGUGUCUGCAUCAACAAUGCCGCUGAGCGUGAACGGCGUUCUGUGCACGCUUGCACUGCUGCUCGUGUGGCGGGCUGAGGAGCUGACCGAGGCGUGCAGCUGCGCCCCGGUGCACCCGCAACAGGCAUUCUGCAAUGCCGACGUGGUGAUCCGAGCGAAGGUGGUUGGCGAACGAGAGGUCGACUCCGGCAACGACAUCUACGGGAACCCCAUCAAGAAGAUUCAGUAUGAAAUCAAGCAGAUCAAGAUGUUCAAAGGACCCAACCAGGACAUCGAUACCAUUUUCACCGCGCCCGUGUCGGCCGUGUGCGGCGUCACCCUGGACACCAGCGGCAAGAAGGAGUACUUGAUCUCUGGCAAGUCUGACACCGGUGGGCAAAUGCACGUGACGCUGUGCGAUUACAUCAUGCCCUGGGACUUCUUGAGCAACACCCAGAAGAAGAGUCUCACCCAACGCUACCAGAUGGGCUGCGAGUGCAAGAUUGUUCGCUGCCCUUCACUGCCCUGCGAGAUCUCGGCCCCCGAGGAGUGCCUGUGGACGGACCUGAUGAUCGAUAAGCAGGUGUACGGUCGUCAGGCCAACCACUACGCCUGCGUCAAGCGGGCCGACGGAUCCUGCUCCUGGUACCGCGGCGUGGCCCCGCCCAAGAAGGAGUUCCUGGACGCGGAGGACCCCUAGGGCCUUGCAAGUAUUAAUUCACACCCCCAUGGAAAAAAAAAAAAACAUCAGGCCAUUUUGAUUUAGAGGGGGGGUCUGUAGCCUCUCUGUGUUCAUUUUAAACCAAAUGAGGGUUCUUUGUUGUUGUCACGUUCGAGGCAUGAGACUGGUCAAGUGAUUUUUUUUUUUCCUCCUGAGGCUGGCGUCAGGAGGACAUAACUUUAGUUUUUUAUUUUUUUUGGGGAGGGGGGGCAGCAACAGAGCACUUCCUCUGAAGCUCUUUUUCUGUUAAGUCCAAACCAAUCGAUCCCUGAGCUGCGCAAGAUGAGUCACUUCAAUGACCUCCAUUUUAUCCAAAGCAAAUAUUCCAAGUUGCCUUUUUUUUAUUUUGCCAUUUUAUUUGUGUCCUUUUUUUUUUUUAAAAAAGCGCGCCCACGUCAGGCUCAUCUCCUUUCGAAACAACACAAUUCAGUAUUUUCGUUUGGUGACAAAUGACUCACUGGACCAGUCUAGGAUGUGCUUGUGUGCAUGUGUGUGAGAAUGUAUACAGCCAGAAAGGUCGACAUUUCUUUGCUCCCGUUUCCCAUGGAAUAUGUUAAAUGGGAGCAAGACUUAUAAUAAUAUACCACGUUCUAUUAAAUCAACUAAUAUUUGCGUCACCUUCUAAUCUGCAGUGUCCCACUCUACACCUAUGCAUUUUAGUCCUUACUUGACUAUUAUUUUUGAUGAAUUAUUCACUGCGUUAGUUUACUAGAUUUGCACUUUUUUUUACCCCCCCAUGCAGAAAGACCUGAACACUGAUUUCACAAUUAUUAGGAUUAGUAGGAUUGCUAUGCUUACGGCACGCGUUCACAGAGCUUCCCAGAGGCUUGUUGAAAGGAAUUAAGACAAAAAGGGAUUUUUUAAUUUUUAUUUCAUGGCUUAUACUAGUGUUCUUUAUUGAUUGUAUGUGCAUUUUCACCGUUUGCCAAUGUACGGAGGGUCCGGUGUGGCCGUGCCCCUCCUUUUCUACAUCUUUUCUCCAACCAAGUUACUCGCUACAGCGCUGCUUUAUACGCAAGGAAACAUAUGAAGAAAAAGAAAAACACACAAUUGCAUACACUUUCUAGUUUAAAAGGUACUGUGCCCUAAGAUAAAAACCAACACAAUUUAUUUUAACACCUAUUUUCAAGGAAUUGUAUAAUAUAUACAGUGGAUUUAAAAAGUCUACACACCCCUGUUGAAAUUUUUAUUAAAAUUACACCAAAAUAAAUCAUUUUAAUAAAACUUAUUGUGACCUAUAACUCGUACAACUCUAUUUUUAGAGGCAAAAUAGACAUAAUGUUGGUUGCAAAAGUGUGCACACUCUUGUAGCUGUGUAUGUGGGUAGUAGUUGUUUUUUUGUUUUUUUUCUUCUUUCCUGAAGGUUUUGUGCUAGCACUGAUUGAUAUUUGGAACUGUUCAUAAAUUUCCCAUAUAUCCACUGUAACUAUUUAAACUACAGUAAAGCAUCCCAAAAAAAAAGUAAUGCUUUGUUGGUUUUCUUCAAGGCGUACCAGAUAAAUUGGCAAGUGAUUGUUUAUAUGCAGUAUAAAUGUAAAGGAGUAUUAGAGGCAUAAUUUAAACUCAAAUUUUCCAUUCUGUUAUCUGUUUUGUGUGCGUUUUUGCCGGUUUUUCCAUAAUCAUUGUCUUAAAAAUGUGUUUAGCCGUCGAGGCGAGGUCCUCUUGCGCUGGAGCACCGUGAGAGUGAAGAGAGAAUAUUCAUCUCUUUUUUUUGUGUGUGUGAAUAAUAAUAAUAAUGAUGAUAAUAAUAAUAAUAGACCACCGUGCAUGUGUCUGAGGCUUUGUGUACGUCCGGUAAAAAAGGACACACAUAUUCCAUAUUAUCAAAUAAAAAGACAUCUUUGAAAGGA